GCUCGUCACCCAACUCUUGCAGUACUCACCUAGACGCCAGCUCUACCAAGAUGAUCAAAGAAGUUUUUCUCCUCUCUCUCGUCGUCUGUGCCGUCCUAGCAACAGAAAACUACUGGUGCCCUAAGUCAGGCGACGCAUUCCAAUGUUUCGAGUCAGCUAAACAAGCCAGAUUUUGUUUGUCUAAUGGCCAGGAGACAAAAACUAUUUGCGGCAAAUGCAGGAAGAAGUUCGAAUUUUGCAGAAACGGCAUGAAAUCCUCCACCAGACCAGAUGUUGACUGUGGCCGAAGUUGGCAGAGUACACCAUGUACAGAUGACAUCUCCGAGGUUCCUACCGUUUUCUAA